ACGGGCGGGACGUUACCCCCGGCCCCGGCACCAUCGCCUCAGGAGCCUCCGGAGCCCGCCCUCCAUCUCGGCGCCAUCCCUCCCAGCUGCCCGACCCCUUCCUUCUCUUCCCUUUCUCUCCGCCGUGACCCCGGUCCCUGCACUCGGAACGGCCGCUCCUCGCCAUGGCUGAGCAGGAGAAGGCCGAAUGGGAAAACUUAAACAAGCUAUUAAUGCGGCAUGGGUUGAGACCAGUGAGUCUUGCUGCCCCCCAAAACAGCAGAAACAUAUCAGAUAUGAUUGUCAUAGAUACUCAGUCUUCUCUGGGAAUAAGGCUUGCAUUAACAACGUUGGUGGAAGACACCGACCGACACCAGAGAAUGAUGCAAGGCCUCAUGGAGGCUAAUCGUAAUCUUAGAGAUGAGAUACGACAGGAACGAGGUCGGGCAUCUCGACAAGAACAACGGGCUAAUGAGUUGGAAAACGUGGUGAAAAACAUUAAAUCAAAAAUUUGUCAGCUGGAAGAUGAGACGAUAGCUAAAGUUUGCCAGCAACAGAAUCAAGUCAAAGAACUUCAAAAAGAUCAGCAGGUCUCACAGUCAAAAUAUCAACAGCAACAAGAAAAGCUGCAAGAACAGGAAGAAAUUAUUGCCCGUUUGCAGAAGGAGCUAUGCAAAGCUGGGAUGGAGGAGCAGCAGCGUGUUGCCACUCAAACCAAGAUGUUUUGCCGGUUUUGCAAAAGAGCUCCCAAGUCGCUUCUAGAUCAGCAGUUUCUUUGUCUAAUUGAUUACUAUGAAUCUCAAAUUAAUCAAAUGAAAAAGGAGCUAAGGCAAUAUAAAAAAGAUGACGAUCAUGUACAGAGAGAAGUAAAAAGCAAAGAAGAGUUUUUAAAUCUGGAUGCUACUCCUAAUUAUAGAGCACUGCUGACGUCUUUCCAGAAUCAGCUCGUUGAAACAAAAGCCAGGAAUGAACAGCUUUUGCUUGAAAACGUAAAUCUCAAGAAAGAUUUGGAAACAAGACCUACCGCACAGGAAUUAAAACUUUACAAGCACCGAGUGAAGAAACUAGAGAAAAUUUUAAAGAAAACUAUCCAGUCUUCAGGGAGUGGUAUCGGAGAAGGAACAGAAGAAAAGAAAGAACCUGAGAGUAUUGCAGGAGCGGACCAGCUGCAGGCAGUUAGCCAGCAGUACUUACAGGUGUUGUCCAAUAUUGAUUCUAUCAUAAGAAGUCCAAGAGCUCCUCCGUUAAUAUAUAGGCGCAGUAAAGGGCCAGUGCAAAAUUAUGUCAAAGAGAACGGACAGGAAUGUGGAUUUGAGCACCUUCCACUCACUAUAGAAAUGUGGGCAGAUCAGCUAAUGGCCCUAAAGGAUUUACACAGGUCGUUGAGAAAACUGACUCUGGAACUGGUGCCCUGGCACACCACAGAUCCCCAGGAAAACAGAGAAUCCAUACGAGUUCAAGACCUUCAGUUCAUAGUAGAUACAGUUUUGGAAGAAAUAGAAAACAAGGAAAAGAACAGCCAGACGCCAUCCUUACCAGCACUGUAUGCAAUAAUCUCUCACUUCCAGAAGUUGUUUGAUGUGAAUUCUCUGAAUGGCAUUUAUCCACGAAUGAAUGAGGUUUACACAAAACUGGGGGAACUGACCAACGCUAUGAGAAAUCUCCACGAGCUCCUGGAACUAGAUAGUUCAGUUCCACCCACUGUGGUAGUGGAUACUGUUGGGAAACUGUGUGACAUCAUUAACGAGAAUGUGACUGAGCAGGUACAGCAGCUUCUGGGGACCCAAGACAUUCACAGUAUAAUCAAUAAGCUAGAAGAACACGAGUGCUUCUUUCCACCAUUUCAAGCUCUCAUUCAAGAUUUGCUCCGUCUUCUAGAGAUCAGUAACCUGGAUGAUAUUUUACCUACUGUACAAAACUUGAAAUUGGCAGCUAGUUAAGAGUUAGUCUGGUCUGUUCUAGGAAGACUUACAUAACCCGUGAAGGGGCCUGUUGAUGAAUACCAUUACAGCUACCUCCAAUCUCUGUUACCCUAAUGAAGUUUCACACAUUUUGACAUAAAUAAAAAUUUGGCUUUGCCACUGCAUUCCUUCAUUUCUCUGAAUUCUCGUUUCAUG